AUGUCAGCCGACGACCUCUCCAGCUUAAUCUCUACCACGAUCGAAGUUCUCGAAAGCGCUGCGGCGUUCUACAAACGCGCCGAGAAUGACACGACGCUUCGAAAGGCCUUCCAUGCAGCCGGUCAAGGGCUUCCACUCAUCACGGAUGCCCUUCAAGCUACCAAUGACGCACUAAACGGACGGGACCUUUCUAGUGCGGCCAAGAGAGCACUAGGUGCCUGCAGCGCAAAUGCAAACAUCGCAGAGGACUUGUUCAGGGACGUUGCGCGAGCACCAGCUGCCUCCAAGUACGAACGAUACACCACGGCCGUGAAACGCCAGGGACACAAGGUGGAAUCCGUGGUGGUUGGCAUGAUGAAGGACGUUUGCCAGAUGGCCAAGGACAACGCCAUCCAAGAAGCAAUGCAGCCUCACGUCAAGAAACUGGACGAAGCUGUCGAGAACCUGUCGAAGAUGGAGCCCUCUGUGCCAGAGGAACAGCGCUCAGGUUACUCUUUCACCAACUCAGGAAGUGGGGAUCAAUUCAACGCUCUCGGAGGCUCCCAGCACAACAACACAAGCUCCGGCAACCAGUUUCUUGGAAGUAUCGGAAGUGUUCAUGGCAUGCGUGCACCUGAGGAAAAGCAGUAA